AUGCGAAGCUGGUUGCAGCAGAGACAGAGACACAGCGACACAGAGAAGACUGAGACACCAGACGCCAUCCUCACGCUGCCCCAUCCGGUCGUCGCUGGGGGUUCACCUGAGCAACGUCUCGUGGAUCGACUUUACUUUUGGUGCUUUUUGGUGCCUGACAGCUCUCCACCAGACCUCAUUUUACUUGCCGUCUUGGACCUUAAUGCGCUUGGGCACUCAUCACUGGCGUCGACUGCAUUAACAGCCGACCCCAUCAACACCAAGUUUCUGGUUUUGCCCAAAUCAACCCUUGCCCCAUCCGGUCAAGAAUGGCGGCCAGUGCCGUUUAGGCCCAUUUACUUGACCUGUCUGCAUCUGGGAACACUUUCACGGGAUCAAGGAAAAUCAACCCUAUUCCCUUUCUCCCUUCCCUCUCCCCUGUCCUCCGUUCUAUUAUCAUCAUUUCCCUUCUUAGUAUCAUUCUUCUCCUUGCGGUCUUGUUUACCGCAAACCAAUUCUGGUUCUGCUCUCACCGUACAUUCUUUGUUUCUGCAACAGCUCAGCUUGCAUGAGCUCCUUUCGAGCUUCAAUAAGCCUGGGCUAGUCUAG